CUGGUACUAACCAUAAAGAAGCACACAACACAUUUUAGGCUCUGAUUGGACUGGUAUCAAGCGCGAGCUGUACCUGUAGGACUUAAUAGGUAAGCAUUGACGCCUGCUGCAUUGGAGUUACGUGCUGGUAUUUAUAUAUGUUUUUUUUUUGCUUAUCUCGUUUCUCUGCGCCUGGACAGCCCUCUUUCAAAAGCCUAAUCCCAGAGCCGGUAGCCACCUCACUAUCGCACUGCCUAAACGCUCUGUGUGAUUUAUUUUCGUGUUUAUUGUUGUUAGUAGCACUCCUGACAGCACUUGAAUUUUUUUUUUUCAGACGAAUGGAACGCUACUCUCAUGCUGGUACUUGUGCAAGGGUUUACCAGUGCGGUACGAUUUAGAAGAAAAUCGCUCUACCUGCUUUACAGAUGCAUGGGAGGUUGGCGAAUGCAACUCCAGUAAAUGCAUCAAGACCCGGCCACUAACACUGACGUCGGUAGCAACAGAGACCACGAUCACCAAGAGAUCACUUCGGCCCAAUAAAGGCCAGACUUCACCCUCACGUGGCAGGAGAAAACGAAAAUGCACACGUGCCACCAAGCGCACAGAGUCAGUCACAAGAAGCUGUCGCUACCGAUGCCUCGGAAAACCACUGAAACUGGAGGUGGAACCGGACGGAACGCCGUGCAGACCUUCGCCCAGGAGACGUGGUUUCUGCUUGCAAGGGCGCUGCAAAAAGAAGCACCCUGAAACUGAGACACCUGAGGAACCAAAGACCGUCACUCCUGAUCAGCAACAUUACCUGCUGCCUUUAAAUUGUUCACACCUCAAAAAGAAGACCACGAGUGACGGCGCUGUCAGAACAUGCUCCUUCAUAUGCAAAACAGAAAAGGCCCGCUUCUUAGUCGUCGAGGAAAAGGGGACGCCCUGUGUGGGCAGCCGGGGCCAACGAGGUGUUUGUAUCGGCAGGAUAUGCCGAAGGCUACCAUCGGUUACGAUGUUGUCCGCAGCUUCGAAAAAGGGGAGCAAGACGCGCCAAUCUCAGACAAAAACUACCCCAACGGUUUUUUUAAUUGCAAGUUCUUUGGCGCAUAAGCCUAAUGGUACGCCUUCCUUGUACGUCACGGAAGGGGGCAGUUCUGCCUAUCGUAGCGGAUCCACAACCCCGUGGGAAGGUAGUUCAGAAAGUGUCGCUGCAUUAUGGAAACUUAGCACUGAGACCAAAGCACGCUUAUAUUCUACGGUCACUGCGAGCAUAUCUGCAGGUAGAUCAUUCAGUCCAGAUUCACGGGUGCAUUUUACUACUAGAGAAAAGAUUUUCUUCGAACAGCAGGGCUCAGAUACUGACGGUGGACAUGCAGCAAGCGCUAAAGAAUUCCCACCUAAAACAGAGGCAAACAAAGAAGCAUAUGCACGCACGCAAGAAUACGCAGAAUAUUCAACCAUGGUACCAGCGACCAAGGAUACUUCCACACAAGGUACAAUUAAAUUCGAAGUUAAAGUCACAUCGAUAGAGCCUCACCUCGGCGAAAAACGGCUGAUGGAAUCAAAUGACUCAGUCAAAUCUAUGCUUGGUACAAUGCCUUCUAUUAGGAGGCAGCCACUGACGAAUUCUGAUAUUGGAGACGAACGAGGAGUAGAUCAAAAAGUAGACCUUCUCUGUCAUAAAACCAGCAGUGAAAACCUUGUUCUGUCAUUAACACCAAAAAUAUAUUACACGACUUCUACGGUCUGUCCUACCAGCGAAUCGGAGAGUACUUUAUCCACUGUAUUAUCAGAAGCCUCACAGUUUUCGAGAGCCGUCAAUAACCACAGCAGUGCUACGGCUUCCCGUCAUAUUGCGAAAGAAACGUCUGAUGACGACAUGGCUGGAACACUUACUACUGAAGUGUUAACUAUUCAGACCGCUCCUGUUGAUGAUCAGGAGAAAACAAAAGCAGAGGAGCAGCAAACAACAUCAGCAGCUAGAAAAGCAGACGCUGUGAUGAAUUCAAAAGAAGGAAGUGAUACAUUUAUCGCGAAGUCCGCCACUCCAGUAUCGAGGACGGAAGAAAGACAUGAAAUGUCGCCUGAAAAUCCCCUACUUAUUAAGUCUACCUUAGCGUAUCAUGCAGAAAUCGUGCCUGCCGCGAGUACGCCAAUGUUGAUCACCCCACGCUUCGUUACGACACCGACUGCAUCAUUUCGCGGAAUCGACUUUGCACACAAGCAUCGGGCUGAAACCGCGCGUCAAAACGCUUCCCAAAUUGCAGAGCGUGAACGCUUUCGGAGAAUUUUGACUUUUCUUGUGGAUCAAACACGGCCUAUGGGGAACUUCAGAGCCACCCCAGUCACCACAACACUUGAUGCGGACGUCGAUGCACCUUUCAUACCAGACACCAAAUUAGCUGCGACAGACAUCUUCGUAGCGCCGUUUGCGCAGACAACCUCGGCCGAUCGAAAUCGCCUUGGUGCCUUAGAAGCAACGAUGAAGGGCCGAGAACCCUUCAUUGUUUUUACUGACUUUUUUCAGAAGUUCGCAACUCGAUCAAUGACUAAUUCAACCGCUCCGCCGACUCAGGAUAACAUACGUUCGUUCGGUAAGUGAGCUCCUGAUUGGUUGAUUGCAAAUUGGUGGACGGCUUCAUGGACAGCUGAAGACACUAUCGGAGUCCACCAGCAGUUUCCUCACUAGUUCAGAGAACACGCAUUAGAGGGCCAAGAGGGCAACCUUAGCCUCGAGCCAAUAUUUCAAAGUGCGACCCUUUCUUCGUGUGAGCCCUUAGGCACAGGCGGUUGUGAAACGUUGUCUCGAAGCGGUUGCUUCCAUUGAUCGCCUACUAUUAAUCGAUUAUCUUCCUGUGAUGUCGUUGCCUUGUACGAUGUUGACAGAUUUACCAUAUCGAAAGAAAGGGAAUAUUACAUGAGGUUCACGUCAUGCCGAUUGCAUACGAAACAGCAGAUAUCUACGAGUGGUGUAUGUUAUCCUACAAAAUCUUUGUAAUAAAAUAUGCUCAUAUUUUUCAAAA